UCCAACCAAACCCACUCGCUUGCUCAGCUCACCGGCGGCCGGCUCUGCGUGCGUGCGUGCGAGCAUUCUCUCUUCUUCCAACUUAGUGGUAGAAGCUAAGCUAGCUAGCUGAAGAUCGAUCGAGCUACAGGAAGGGUGUAGAGAAGACGGGGAAGGAGAUCACAGGAGCUCGAUUGGGCGACGAUCGAUGGGCAGCUUGGGAGAGGUCGACCAUGUCGUCGUCGCCGCCAGCAAGGAGAUGCUGCCGUUCGAUGGACAUCCUGAUCCCGUCGUCAACGAGCUCAACCGGCUGGAGAAUCUCCUCAGAGAGAAGGACAGAGAGCUAGGACAUGCAUACAGUGAGAUUAAAGGCCUAAAGGUGACAGAAGCUCUGAAGGACAAAGCCAUUGCUGAGCUGACCAAGGAGCUGAAGAAACAGGACGAGAAGCUGAGUAGCCUGGAGAAACAGCUCGAGCAAAAGAACCUGGACGUGAAAAGGCUAAGCAACGAGAGGAAAGAAGCGCUGUCCGCGCAGUUCGCGGCGGAGGCGACGCUCAGGAGGAUCCACUCGUCGCAGAAAGACGAGGAGGUCGUCCCGUUCGACGCCAUCAUCGCGCCCCUGGAGUCUGACAUCAAGGCGUACAGGCACGAGAUCGCAGUGCUGCAGGACGACAAGAAGGCGCUGGAGCGGCACCUGAAGCUGAAGGAGGCGGCGCUGGUGGAGGCCGGGAACAUCCUGCGCAGCGCGCUGGAGAGGGCGCUGAUCGUGGAGGACGUCCAGAACCAGAACAUCGAGCUGCAGAAGCAGAUGGAGAUCUACCAUGAGGAGAACAAGCUGCUGGAGAAGAGCAACAGGCAGCAGGUGCUGGACAUCGAGCGGCUCACGCACACCAUCGCCGAGCUGGAGGAGGCCAUUCUUGCCACCGGAGACGUCGCCAACGCCGUCCGCUUCUACCAGAGCCAGGCCACCAAGCUGAGCGAGGAGAAGAGGACGCUCGAGAGGGAGCUAGCUCGCGCCAAGGUCUACGUCAACCGCAUCGCGUCGACGACGGCGAACGAGUGGAAGGACGACGCCGACAAGCUGAUGCCUGUCAAGAGAUGGCUGGAGGAACGGAGGCUCCUGCAGGGGGAGAUUCAACGGCUGCGCGACAAGAUUGCAAUGGCCGAGAAGUCCGCGAAGGUGGAAGCCCAGCUGAACGACAAGCUCAGGAGGAAGCUGAAGUCGCUGGAAGAUGACAUGAGGAACGACUCAUCCAACACGUCUGCAAUUGCAAGCAGGGACAUCGCUGCUAGUAGCAAGCAAGCCACUCCGAGGAGGUCGUCGUCUCAGCCAAGGGCAUCAGUGUCGUCAGUGAAAGUUCUGAACAAGCAGCCUGCAGGUUCAGAGACAGAAACUGCAGUCAGCAGGAGCAGCAGGCGUGCCGCUGCUAAACGGUUUGACAGCCCGAGAGCAGCAAGGGUUGCUGCUGCUGCUGCUGGCAGAGGAGAACGCCCGAUGAGAAACCAUCUGUGGGCGCAGAGAAGCAGGGUGGCCGCUACUGACGCCGGCAAGGAGAACAAAGAGCAGAACCCAAAUUACAAGGCGCGUCUGGUUGGUUCACAUCAAGAUGAAGAUGCCAUGGAUUUGAGGGAAUUGGAUGAGGGAAAGGCUGAUGAUUCCAAUGCUGUGAAAAGCAGUAAGGGUAACUCUGAAAACUGAAGGUUGCCUUUUGAUUGUGUGUGGACAAUCAAAUAGAACACAGAUAGUGAUUACCAUGUACAGAUGCAUCAUGGCGAAGGCGACUUAUUUUGAAAAGCAUGUGUGCCUUUCUCAAGCUUUCUUCAAUCAAUUUGGGAGAUUAUUUGGGCGGCAGAACCAGUGGCCAUCAUCUUUGUUGUCUCUUGUACAUAUAGACAAUGUCAUAAGCUUCACAAUUGCAUUUUGUGUCUUUUUAAACAAUUUGUGGUGUUUUGAGGAAAGGGUUGUUACAUUCAAUAAAGAAAGUUGAUGCAAUGUAACAAAAAGCAACAUAAAUAUAAGUGAAGGGUGUUCCUCUUCAUUGUUCCUCUUCA